AUGGCUGAGACAUCACCAACAAUUAUUGUUGGUGAUGUCUCAGCCAUGGAUUUUUCUCUCACUUUGCUAUCCCAUGAGAAUGGGAUGGAAAUUCUUUUCAGCAGAAUCGACUCCUCUAGUCAUACAGCAGUCUCCUGUGACCUGGGAAGUUAUUGUCUUUGUCUUCACACUGUACUUUAUCUGCUUAUUUAUUUUCUUGUUCGUAUUUUUUUUAUUAUUAGUAGUAGUAGUAGUAUAUUUCCAAAUCAGUCACUUGGAACCUUUUUUCACAGAUACCGUAUUCCGAUUCAGUUUCCAUGAUUCCGUUUCUGGAUUUCAUAUUACGGGUUUGGUAUUUUGUUCUCAAAGCUGUUGUGAAAUUUUAUUUUUUGUGGCUGCAGAAGGCAUGCUCAUAUAGUUUUUAUGGUCCAUGCCUGAUAUAAAACCAUACAUAGAUUGGAAAAAAAUUAUUAGUGGAUUGAUUAAAAAGCUAUUGUGAUUGAAUUGAAUAAAUAUUUUUGUGAUUGGAUUGAAUGAGUAUUUUUUUAAGAGUCAUGACUAAAUUGAACUAAUAAACUGUACAUAUAGAAUUAAAUUAAAUGCCUUUUGGAUUCUUAUAACAUAAUUAUUUGCAAGAUUAAAUUAAAUGGUUGCAGCAAAUGGCAUGCCACAGUUAGGCCUUUUUAAUUGGCCUUGAAGGCUAACACCCUCCUUCAAGCCCUAGGAUUUCAAAUGCCAUGGAAAAUAAUUUUUUAGUUCCGUGCCCAGAGAUCAUGGGAUAAACCAUCUGUAACAAUUUUUUGGUUCUGUAAAAAUUCUUGGGAACCCACCUCCUAAAGGUUUCAAUUUCUCGUAGUCAUACUUUUUUCUUGGGUAUUAUAGGCGUUAAGCAGUAACAUGCAAUGCACUUUGGGAAAAAAUCAAGAUGGCGGACAAGAGAAAACUAUGUAUAAGCUGAGUCAUAUUAAAAGAAAGAAUUGCACUAGUAGUGUAGAAUCUCUGUGGAAAAAUAGUGAAUUUUUGUUCUGAAUUUCUGUUGAUCUCUAAGGCUGAAAAUGUCACUGGGAAACUAUAUUUCAGUUCCGUUAGUUUAAUUUAAGACAGCAGUAGAGAUACGAUACUGGAAAUGAUUGUUACUGUGAAAUCCUAGGGCUUGCCCCUCAGUCUCCAUAAUUCUUCAGAUCAUACUGAGCCCCAUCCAAUGAUUGCUGAAUAUCUUACUACAAAAAAACUUCUGCAGUGAAUGGGAAUAGUAGUUAGAAGUAGUUUCAGAUGUAUUGCACAUGUAGUAUUUGUCUCAGCUUUUUUAUGUAGUAUCCUCUGCAUUUCAAAUUUUCCUUCUCAGCUGAAAAAACAUCAACAGAAAAUAGAGAUGAUCCUAGACAGCAAAAAAAUUGACUAUGAUAAAGAAGAUAUUGCUGGCAAUGAAACCGCCAAAGCCAAAAUGAGAGAGAUAAUGGGUGAUCCAAAAGGCCUUCCACCUCAGCUGACAAAAGGAGAUGUGCAUCUGGGGGUGAGUAUCAUUAGAUUUUAACAAUUGAAUUAACCAGUUGAGCCACUCUACAGUUCCCUCCUUUGCAGGGCUUGAAAAAAGUCCCAAUUCCUAUUUAUAUUCACGACUAAGAGAUGGGAAUGGGUGUGCAGCUCGAACUAUGGAGCCUGAAUGUUUAAUGCCGUCCAAAUAUCAUACAAAGUUCAACAUCAUAACUAAUGAAUGAUAUACAAAUAUUCCUAAAUAAAGUCACUCAGGCUAAACUAAUCACGUGCGCCGCCUGAUACGAAAAACCCAAAAACCCAAUGGGAAAAAAUUGGGAACGUAUUCCCCAACCGAUGCGGUCACACAACCUCUGGGGGUUAAAGGUAAAAAAUCAAUCGAUAGAUGAAUAAAGUAAGAUAUACAAAAUAAAAGUUGAUAGUUCGAGAGCUGAGAUGAAUACAUUACAACUGUCAAAACCUUAUAUACCUAAUAACAAUUGAGUCAAUUAACGCCAUAGCGGCUCACGUGCGUUCAUACCAAUAGGAAAGUAUUUUAAUACAUUCUCUGUCACUGCCACUACGUUUAGCUCCGCCGAAUGUAAAUACAUUUUUCUUGCUGGGAAAGGGACUUUGAAAGCUUACUUGCCCAAUAGGCAACGGUCGAAACAACUCAUCCUCCAAGGAAAUCACUAACUAAGACCAGCAAAAAGUGUCCCUGGACAAGCGAAAUGUGAGAGGACAAGCUGGAAUUCAAAACUCUGUUCGAGCCCAGCUUUGGAACAAACAUUAAGUGACCCUUUGCCGGGCUGUCAUUAAGAGCCGGGGGGAGGGGGGGGAGGGGCAGGGAUUUUCCCCAGCUACCUUCAUUGGAAAAUAGAAGAGAAAUAGAACCAAAAGAAAUCCCCAGCUGUUUGAUUCCCCGUCUACUUUUUGUAUUUACCCGGCAACUAGAAAUCCUAGUAACAACCCUGAUUUGUUAGAGAGAGUCGUGAAAUCAUCUGUUUGGGGGAAAGAGAGAUUAGAACAUUUCUACUAAAAAAAGACUUGCUAAGACCAACAAAAUCAAAUGAAAAAAAUAGAAGUGAAAAGUCUCAAACAAAAAAUGUAAACAAAGCAAAGGCCCUUCUCACUUCUUUUUUUCCGCUCUCUGACUUCGUGCCACAACACUUCACUAUAUGAACGCCUGGAGCCCAUUUCUCGAAAGACCCGGAAAUUUUUCGAGCUUUUUCGGGCCAGAAGGAAAAUUUUAAAACCAAAACCUGUUGAAUAUUACCACAGUUCCUAGCCUACAAACCAGUCCAAAUUGCUUUGAUAACUGAUAGUUUCAUUGUAUUAUUUUCAAAAUUACUGAAACUUUGACCUUGAAUGCAAACACAAAACAGCUUUCGGGGCACGAAAAGUUACCGGGACUUUCGAGAAACACGCUCUUGGGCCCGUUUCUCGAAAGUCUUCAUAUUUAACGGGCCCAGAAAGCUGUUGUCGUUUACCUUCAAGAUCGAAGUUUCAACAGUUUUUUAGCUUCGAAGGACGCUUUUUUUCUUGAUAGAUUUUGAUUCAAAUAUUUAAUUUAGGGCCGGAAAAGUUACCGGGACUUUCAAGAAACGGACCCUCGGAAAAGGAAACCGGUUGUUUCGAUACAAGUCGUUUCAAUAUGAACUCAAGCAGUGAAAUUGCAAAAACAUAUCGAUUACUUCAAGUAAAGGUUCCAAUUGAACAAGAAAAACAUUUUGGGUGAAUAUUCUUCGUACUUUAAGCCAAGUACCUAAAACUAUUUACACCUCGAAGGAAUUUGAAACUUGUACGGAAACGACCGUUAACCCUGGAACAAGCAUAAAUACAACUAUAUGUCUUUUAACUUGGUGAAUCAUAUCAUUUGUUGCUUUUUUUCUGUUUUCAGGGCUUUGCUGAGUUUGAACAAGCUGUUGAAAGUGAGGAGCUCGAAGUGUUCCUGAAACUGAAAUAAUUAAACAGCCAUGUAAUUUCUGAAUAUAAUAGUCUUUAUUUGAAAGCUCAUGCAUGUCGCCAGAUUAAGUUAAUUCUAUAACUAGUAAUACCGAGGGAACUUUCAAGGCAAUAAAACUAAUUUGUAAAUU